AUGGGAAUGAAGCUAGACAAGAACUCCUCUCCCCUGUUUGUCGUCACCGCGUCGAUCUUCUUUGACCGUGAGGAAGCAUCGCGAUGUUAUUCCGCCAUUGAAUCACUGCGGGAAGAGCUAGGGAUCAAGACGGAAUUUCACUUCACGAGUUGCCAAGAUAGCCACCGCCAUCGGUUCCUCGAUACGAUCAACUCGUUUUCAUUUCAAUACUUAUCGGUCGUGUUCGACAAACGGAAACUUCAAGCACAAGGUGGAAAACUGAACAAACCUCUUUUGCAGUACCCGGUCUAUUCUUUGUUCUCAUUAGUGGCCGAUCGGCUCGAGAACGCCACCGUUGUCAUCGACAAGACCGGUAGCAGUGCCUUCCGCAAGCUAUUGAGCAAGGAUCUUCGGCGCGACAUCAAUUCAAAGAACGACCACACCGUCAUCCAGAAAGUGAAGUCGAUGACUUCCCACUCGCACAACUUGUUGCAACUGGCCGAUAUGGUCUGCGGUUCAGUAGCAAGAAGCUAUCGAGAUGACCGCCCAAAUCCUCAGAGCUAUCGAGAUAAGAUCCGAAGCCACGAGAUUAGCGUUACCAGCCCUGCGCGAAGCGUACGCAUGGCGAUUGACGGCCCGCUGGUUCUCCUCGAAGCCGCACAAUCGCGCUUUGCAUUGCCGCACCCUCUUUGGGGACUCAAACCCUGGGGCGGUGUCUUUCACGAAGCCACCGAUCGCCGAGUUGAACGCUUCACCGAAAGCGUAAGUUUUGAUCGUCGCUUGUAUAAGCACGACAUCGAGGGCUCGCUUGCGCACGCCAAGAUGCUGGUGAAGGCCGGCUUGCUCAGCACCGCAGAGUGCCAACAGAUUGAGCAAACCCUGAAUUCCAUUCGCCAGGAAAUUGAGCAGGACCAGUUCGAGUACUCCCACGCACUCGAAGACAUCCACAUGCACAUCGAGCAUGCCCUGGUCGAGCGAUUGGGCGACGUGGGACGCAAGCUCCACACGGCCCGAAGCCGCAACGAUCAGGUUUCGACCGAUCUCCGGCUGUGGGUCCGCGACUCGAUCGAUCAGCUCGAUGCAGCACUGGAAAUCCUGCAAAAAGCCUUCGUCUCGCGCGCGGAAGCCGAUGCCGACGUCAUUCUGCCCGGGUACACCCACCUCCGUCGGGCCCAACCGGUGCUGGCCGCACACUACUGGCUCGCCUAUUGCGAAAAGCUCGAUCGCGACCGUGGCCGGCUGGCCGAUUGCCGACGUCGGGCGAAUGUCUCACCCCUGGGGGCGGCCGCAUGUGCGGGUACGUCACUCCCCAUCGACCGCGAUGAAACGGCCCGCCUGCUCGGUUUCGAGGGCGUGGCGGCCAACAGUCUCGACGUUUCCAGCGAUCGCGACUUUGCCGUCGAGUUCGUCUUCGACCUGGUGAUGAUCGCCGAACACCUCAGCGGUUGGGCCGAAGACUGGAUCAUCUGGUCCACCGUCGAGUUCGACUUCAUCAAACUGCCCGAGGCCUUCUGCACCGGCUCGUCGAUCAUGCCGCAGAAGAUCAACCCCGACGUGUUGGAACUCAUCCGCGGCAAAACGGCCCGCGUGGUCGGCGACUUGCAAGCUUUGCUCGUGCUCGUGAAGGGCCUCCCGCUGGCUUACAACCGCGACCUGCAAGAAGACAAACCCCGGGUGUUCGACGCUUUCGACACGGUGUUGUCCUGCGUCGAACUGGCGGCCCCCAUCGUGGCCGACACGAAACUCAAGCGGGAGUCGAUCGAAGCUCGCCUCGAACAAGGCUUCCUCGACGCCACGACGAUGAUGGAACACAUGAUCUCGCAGGGUGUGCCUCAACGCUCGGCACACGGCCUGGUCGGUCAACUCGUACGCUUGGCUCUCGAUCGUGGAGUCACCCUGGCCGAUCUGUCGGUCGAAGACUUUCAGUCCGUCGACCAGCGGUUGGACAAAAGUGUGUACGAAGUUCUUGGUGCGAAACAGGCGGUUUCGGCGUUCGUUAGCUAUGGAUCCACGUCGCCCAAACAGGUGGCCACGCAGCUCGCGGCAUGGAAGACGCGGUUGGAAAUAUCGUAA